GUACUACAUAUUACUACGUACGAGGUGAUUUUCAGUGACUUGUCUUUUCUUUCAGUUCACAUCUAGCUUAACACAGAAGCAAAGAUUCCUCGCAUCUUCUUCUUCUUCUUUUUCUUCUCUUGCAUUCUUCGAUUGCUCGAUCGUCACUAUAAUCAGAGGCUGAAAUCAACAGAUUCUUGUACGGAUUCUUUUGCGCUCUUCUGAGUCUUUUUCUUCUUUCGGAUCGAUUCAGGAGGACGAUGUGGAUGAUUAUAAAUUUUCUGCGUCGCAUUUUUGGGAUCGAUCGUCCCGAGAAUGACAAUCGUGGAAAAGCUCGGCAGAUUCGCGUUUUUGCAAGCUCUUACACGGGAUCGAAAUCGGAGUUCGACAAAGGCGGCUAUUCGAGAAGGUUUCAUCCGAGUAGGUAUCAGUUAAGCCAAUCAGUUAUAUCAAUCAAAAUUCGUCCGAAUUACGGUAGGCCUAUGAGAGAUUUAAUUAAGGAACCUAAAUCUCUGUUUGAGUCGCUUGUGAAGACACAUACAGUCAGACCAUCGGCUUCAAUUAAGAACUCGGAAUCUUCGUCCAAGUCCGCAGUGAAGACAUAUGCUACCGGACAGUCGACUUCAAUCGAGAAACUGAAAUCGACGUCUACGGUCGUCGGACAAUUUGAUUCAGUUAAGGCAUCGGAAUCCGUUAGCGUUUCGAUAGCUUCAGAGCCUUCUUCUGAGUUCAUUGCGAAGACAUACGCCACCGCACAGUCGACUUCAGUUAACAAAUCGGAAUCCGUCAGGGUUUCGAGAGCUUCAGAGCCUUCUUCUGAGUUCAUCUCGAAUAUCUACGCCACCGCACAGUCGACAUCAAAUAAGAAAUCGGUAUCAGAUAGUCCUUCGAGAGCUUCAAUUUCUUCAUCGAAUUUCUUCGUGACAACACAUAUUACCGGUAAAUCGGCUUCUCCUAAACCGGCGGUGCAUCUGCCUGAAGUUACCGCCGAGCCACCGUCGACCUCGAACCCGACUCUGCGUCCAGUUUCUGGCCAUGGAAGAAAUCAGUCGGCGUACAUUCUGGAGGCGAACAGUUCCUUGGCCUUGUACUUAAUUCCUAAAGACGUUGAAGAGUUGAUAAAAAACGACGUCGUUCCUCCAGUUCUGAGAUAUCCCGUUUGUCCUGUGACUUACAAGUCUUAUUUUGCUGCUCUUCUCUACGCCGAGGACUCUUAUUGUAAGAAAUGGAGCGACUACAAAUUGGAAAGCGUGAAUUUAGAGCUCCAAGCAAUUGCGAUUCGUAAACAAGCAAAUAGGCAAGGGAGAAUCAACGGCGAUGAAAAUUUCUAUAAAACCUUUGCGGCAUUUGAGUUUGAUUCAGUUCCUGAGAGGCGGCCGUUUCUACUGUCGAGGGAUUUGGUCUACGCACGACUCUCCGGUACCGAUGACGAGCCAUUUCAGGGUUUCGUCUAUCGAGUUUCUUCGAGUCAUAGGUCGAGGAAGGGAAGGGUUCUUUUGGUUGAUUUUGGAGAAGAUUUUUAUGAAUGGCAUCAUGAAACCAACAAAUAUGAUAUCAGUUUCACUUUCAACAGAGUUUGUUUAAAAAGAGCUCACCAAGCCAUAGAAGAAGCAUCUGAUUCAUUGUUCCAGAAUAUCCUUUUUCCUGAAUCCAUGUCAAGAACAAGACAUCCCACCAUUCAAGUUACACAUUCUACCCAUCAACGUCUUGAUCCUGCUCAAAACAAUGCAGUCCAUCACAUUUUGAACCUUCAUAGCUCACCACCUUAUCUGAUCAACGGUCCACUGUGCAUACACGUCAACGAUUGGGCCCGGAAUCGAACGUUCGAGCUUUCGAGAACGGGCACAAUCAUUAAAGAAGCAGUGAUUCAGAUUUACUCAACCUCUCCCAAUUGCAGAAUCCUAAUCUGUGCUCCUAAAAACUCAACAUGUGAUGAGCUGAUGAUAUCUUUGAAGAAGGUGAUUCCCGAGUCCAACAUGUUUCGUGCUAUCGCCGCUUUUCGAGAGCGAGACGAGGUACCAUAUGACAUAUUGUCUUCGUGUUAUUACAACGAGGACGAGGAGUGUUUCAGUUCUCCAAUACUCGACAAGCUCCGCGAAUACAAGAUUAUAUUCUCGACGUAUAUGAGUAGCUUCCGCCUACAUGCUAAAGGCUUGGCUGCUGGACAUUUCAACCAUAUUUUCUUGGUCGAUGCAUCGGCAGCUAUCGAGCCCGAGACGUUGGUGCCUUUGACUAAGUUCGCUACAAAUGCAACCAGUGUUAUAGUUACUGGACAGACAGGGAACCAACCUAAUUAUGUUCGGUCAACAAUCGGUCGAAGAAAUGGAUUGAAGACAUCCUAUUUUGAAAGACUUGAGGUAAGCUUGCCAUAUAUAGACCUUAAUCCUCAGUUCAUUUCAGGCUUAGAGGAACAGCCAGGAAGUAAUGGCGAAGUUGUUGGGUUCAUUGGUACAUAUAUGUAUUAACAUACCAUUUUAUAUAUAUAUAUAUAUAUA